GCGGCUAGUUCAAGUUGCCAUAGCGGCGAGGUGAGGAGGUUUCAAGAUACUAAUGGCAGAUUCAUCCAGUGAUUCAGACAACUUUCUUAGGGGUCGAAUAGGAAGACGGCCACCGUUGAGAGCAUCCCACAACAGAGCUCGGAACUACGGUGCUGAAGAAGUUACAGAGAAGAUCCAUACUUUAGCAAGCACUUUACAGGAUACCAACAGAAAUCUAAGACAUGUUGACCGUUUGCUAGGACAAUACAGAGAAUACAACAAGGAGCAAACUGAAGCAAUAGCAACUUUAAAAGAAACACUGGAACAGUCUAUAGGUCAAUUAAGGAGCCAACGAUUAACCCGAAACUCUGGAAUGAGAAGUGCUUCUCUCUCAAGCUUAUACCCUAGUGAUCUGGAUGGAGAAGGAGUGUCAGGGAACCAUCACUUCCUGCCUACUUCACCUCUCAGGGAUUAUGGAGACUCACAGGGCAAUAAACAUCGAAGGUCUAGAUCUGCAAGUGUUCGAUUUGUCAACGAGGCAGAUAAUUUGGACCAGCUGCAUUCUUUCCACCAGUCUCUUCGAGAUCUCAGUAGUGAACAAGUUCGCCUAGGAGAUGACAUCAGUCGGGAGCUUUCAAGAAGAAAUAGGACCGAUGCUGAAUUAAGAAAGACUCUAGAAGAAUUGUCUGAAAAGCUCACUGAGUCCCAAAGACAAGAAACGGUAUCAGAACGGGUAGAGAGAAGACUUCAGGAGAUAGAACAAGAAAUGCGUGCUGAAAGACAGCUUGUAGAAAGGCGCCAGGACCAACUGGGACAUAUGUCUCUUCAAUUACAAGAGGCUUUAAGAAAGCAAGAUGCUAAAGCAGAUGAAACAGAAGAACUCAUGAAAAAUAAACUUAUGAAAUAUGAAAGUGAAAAGAACCAACUUGAGCAGCAAUUGGAGCAGUCCCGGAAAAAGUUGAAUGAAUCAGAAGUCAGUAGAGAAGCUCUUUUGCAUCAGAUUGAGGAUCUUCGUUCCCAACUUUUGAGAGCAGAAGAGGACCGUGUAGAGUUGCAACAUCAAAUUUCACAUGUUGCUAUGCACCCCCAGAGCUACCAGGAUGUACAAGAUGAUGACAGGAGAAUUAGAACAGUAGCUGAAAGAUAUGAGACAGAGAAGCAAGAACUGGAGAAACAUAUUUUGGACCUUAAAGCAAAGCUGAGUCAUAAUGCUGUAAUGUCAGAGGUAGAAGAACUAAAGAGAUGCAUAGAGCAUAAGGACAAGGAGAAAGCACAGCUUGUAAUGCACAUACAGGUGUUAACAUCUGAUCUGGAAAACAGGGAGAAACAGCAGGAAAAAAUGCUGGACCAGCUAAAGGAGAUAGAGAGUUGCUACAAGGCUUGUGAGAAUGGACGUAGACAAACUGAACUCCAGUCUGCUGAGUUAGCUCAACAGGUUGAAGAGAGCACCAAGGAAGCAGAGCGGUACCUCACUGAAUUCAGGCAUUCAGAGGCACUCAGGCUGGAGAUUGAGAAAAAAAGAGACGAUCUGAAGGUGAGAGCACAGGAAACCAUCCGCCAAUGGAAGCUGAAAUGUAAGAAACUGGAUCGUGAGGUGGAAAAACAAAAUGAAACUAUCAACCAACUGAUGGACAAGAACAGUCAGGCCCUCAAGGAAAAGGAUGACCUCAGAAGUCAACUUCUCUCUGCUAUACACCAAAUAGAAAACCUUCGGAAAGAGCUGAAUGAUGUACUUACAAAGAGAGCCCAACAGGAAGAACUCCUCCACUGCAAAGAGGCAAAACUGAAUGAAAUGAAGUCUCACCAGGUAUCUCUUGAAGAAGAGAUCAAAGAAGUUCAAGAUACCGUAAAUAAGUUGGAGAAUGAGUUGAAAAAGCAAGUCUUUCUACAAAAUCAAAUGCAAGCUGAAAAGGAACACUUGGAGACAGAACUUGCAACUAGUAACUUGAUACAUAAAAAAGACCAAGAAAGACUCUUAGAAAUGCAAGCAGAUGUAAAAAACUUAAGUUCUGUACGUGUGGAACUAACAAACAGAAUAGCAGAAGAGGAGAAAGUCAAAAAGGAAUUACAUAAGAGCCUCUCAGAUCUCCAGAAACAGCAGGAAUCUAAGCAUGAAGAGAUGACUUCAGCUAACAGGCAGCUGAAGAUGGAGAGAGAAGUUCACAAACAGGAGUUGGCAGAUCUUAGAUCAGAGUUACAAAAUGUUAAAAUCAAACAUGAACGAAAUGUUCAAGAGCUCACGAACCUCCUUAAACAAGAAAAGGAUGAUGCAGAGGCUCAGAUUAGAAUGCUAAAGAUGGAACUUGUAGAAGAAAAAAACAUAGUCAAGGCUCAGUGUCGACAACUGGAGAAGAUAAAAAUUGAGUGUGAUAAAUUGACAGAAGAAUUAACCCAAAAAGAAGAAGAAAAUAUAAAACUCAGGCGGAAAUGUGAGUUUGUAAAACAAGAACUGGAGAAAAAGGACAAACAGAUCAGCAAUGAAGAAGAUCAUUUGAGAAGGAUGGAUGAGGCCAAACUGCAGUUUAAGGAUCAGCUGCACCACUUAGAAAUGGAACAGGAAUCCAUUCUCACCAUGAUAGGAAGUGAAAUUGAUGCUGCUUGUGAAAUUUUUUCUCGGGAUUCCAUGGAGAAAUUCAAAGCAAUAUCACUUACACCAACGGUGCUGAAUGAUCCUCAUCGCUGGUUAGCAGAAACAAAGACUAAGCUUCAGUGGCUGUGUGAGGAGGUAAAGGAGAGAGAAAGUAAGGAAAAAAAACUGCGAUGCUACUUACUGCAGAGCCGAGAACAGCUCAAGCACUUUACACAGAUGAAGGAGGCUGAACAUCAGUAUCUCUUUAAACAGAUAAAAAAGCAAGAAAAACUUUUGGAAGAAGUUCACAGAGAAAAAAGAGAGCUACUAGAGAAAACCCUCAGAAGAGAUGAAGAAAUGGGAGCUCUACAGGAACGUAUUAUGGCCUUAGAAGCGAGUACUCGAGUAGCUUUAGACCAUCUGGAGUCUGUACCUGAGAAACUGAGCCUGUUAGAAGAUUUCAAAGAUAUUGGAGAGUCCCAUUGCCGAAGGGAGAUGAUUGAGGAAAGAUAUACGAAGUAUAAAGAAAUAGUGAGCUCUCUACAGCAACAGCUGGAAGAUUCAAAACAAAGAGUCCAACAAUUCAAGGAUGUGAAAAUGGAUGCUGAAAUUUCUGAUAUAGAAGUGGCUGCUCCCUCUUCUAGUUGGCGAACUCAAAACAGUUUUUUGUCCAGCUCACUGCUCUCAGAUUCAGGUUCACUUACGAAAAGAAUGGUUCCUUUUGAUACAAGAGCCACCAAGGAAGAUUCCAUUAAUGUUGCUGUCAGUGAAAUGAAGCUGCAAGCAGAAAGAGGGAAGCAGUAGAACAUUUUACAAAAACACACCAGCUUUCUCUGUGUGCUGGCAUUGGCUUUUUGCAGACUUCUGGCCCAUCUGCUCAUUCAGAAGGUCAAGAAAGCAAAACAGGCACAUCCAUCUCUUCUGAUCUCAACAGCAAUGAUGAGGCCAAGACAAAAACAUAAACAAAUAAACUUCUACUUUGGAGAAGGCAGGGCAAAUAGAAACCUGUUUGUGUCAUGGUCUACAAAGAGUGUGGAUGUCAUGAAGCAAUGUUUAGCUCAAGCCACAGUUACCAUAAACUAAACUUUAAGUGUAUCCAACAUUUGUAAUUUAUUUUUUUAAUUAGAUCAGAGCACAGCUGGAAAUAUGGUGUUUAAAAUAUUUUAGCUGUUUUGUCUGGUGAAACAUUUAAAAAAUUGCAAAAUAAAAUGUCACCAGCCUGCAGACUUUAUGGUACCUACAAAUUAUGGCUAAAAAUAUAGAAAGUUCAUUUUUAAAUAUAUUAUAAAACAGUAAAUUAUGCUCUCAAAACACCUCAUGUGGUAAUGAGGUCUGAUGCAUGGAUUGCUGAUGGAUAAAUGUGUGCCCAACCCACUUUACUUAAGUUGAAAUGAUUUUUGAGGUAAAGCACCUGUUAGUAACUGAAUGGGGCUUUAAGAGUCUCAGCUGAGAAGUAAUACACAGAAAAAUAAUGUCCUCUCUUUUUCCUAAGGAAUUUGUAAAAAUCUGGAUAUUGAUUGCUCUUACCAUUUUAU